GUGUUUUCCCACAAUCCUGUGCCUGAAGUGAAAGCUAGAUCACAGAUAGAGAGAGAGCACUGGAUAACUUUUACACGCUGUUGUAGCUUUAGAUAUAUAUUUUUUUACUGAAUAUGGGUGACGCUGUGGCAGAGUAUACAGACCGGCUUCAAAACCAGGAGAAGGAGAUCGCGUCUCUCUGGGCUCAGGUGGAGAACCUGAAGAAGGAGACGGAUUUCUCCUCGCCGGCGCUGGAGGAGCUCCGAGAGGAGAACGCCAGGCUGAAAUAUCGCCUGAACAUCCUGAAAAGGAGUAUACAAGAGGAGAACAGCUACAGCAGCAAAAGCAUGACCAACAUCAACCAGAGACUUCAGGAGAUCUUUGGGCAUGCCAUCAGCGUGGCUUACCCCGACGUGGAGAACCCACCGCUCGCUGUCACACCCAACCAACAGCCCAAGUUUGGAGAUUACCAGUGCAACAGUGCCAUGGCAAUGUCUCAGAUGAUGAAGGGAAAAGGACUGAAGGUUAACCCCAGGGAGAUAGCUGAGAAGAUUUCCCAAAACAUUCCUGACAAUGAACUCAUUGAGAGAACAGAAAUUGCUGGACCAGGUUUUAUUAACAUUCAUCUCAAGAAGUCAUUUGUGUCAAAACUUCUCACCAACUUGCUUCUCAGCGGCGUGCAGCCUCCAGCUUUAGACAAGAAAAAGAAGGUAGUCAUCGACUUCUCCUCUCCAAACAUCGCCAAGGAGAUGCACGUCGGUCACUUGCGCUCCACCAUCAUAGGGGACAGCAUGUGUCGUCUCUUUGAGUAUCUAGGCCAUGAUGUCUUAAGGUUGAACCACGUAGGAGAUUGGGGCACACAGUUUGGAAUGCUCAUCGCUCACUUGCAGGACAAGUUCCCAAACUAUCUGAGUGUUUCCCCACCAAUCGGAGACCUCCAGGCUUUUUACAAAGAGUCAAAGAAGCGCUUCGAUGAAGACGAGGAGUUUAAGAAGAAGGCCUAUCAGUGUGUCGUCAGGCUGCAGAGCAAAGAGCCGGACUUCAUCAAGGCCUGGAAUCUGAUCUGUGACGUGUCUCGGGAAGAGUUCCAAAAGGUCUACGACUGCCUGGGUAUCCGUAUUUUGGAGCGAGGAGAGUCGUACUACCAGGAUAUGAUGACCGAAGUGGUGAAGGCGUUUGAGGAGAAAGGCCUGGUGGAGUUGGAUGAGGGCAGGAAGAUCGUAUUCGCCCCUGGUCAGUCCAUCCCUUUGACGGUGGUGAAGUCGGACGGCGGCUACACGUAUGACACGUCGGACCUCGCAGCCCUGCACCAGCGCCUCUUCGAGGAGAAGGCUGACAUCAUCAUCUACGUUACAGACAGCGGACAGGCUAUGCACUUCCAAGUGGUGUUUGCUGCGGCGAGAAUGAUCGGCUGGUAUGACCCCAAGGUCACACGUGUGGAACACGCAGGUUUUGGAGUGGUUCUGGGAGAGGACAGGAAGAAAUUUAAAACCCGCUCGGGGGACACGGUCAGGCUAAUGGACUUGCUGGAAGAGGGUUUGAAGAGAUCCAUGGACAAGCUUAAAGAGAAAGAGAGAGAUAAGGUUUUGACACCGGAAGAGCUGAUCCGGGCACAGCGCGCCGUCGCCUUCGGCUGCAUCAAGUACGCCGACUUGUCCCACAACCGCAUCAACGAUUACGUCUUCUCCUUCGACAAGAUGCUCGACGACAGGGGCAACACUGCUGCUUACCUGCUCUACGCCUUCACCCGCAUCAGGUCCAUAGCCAGGCUGGCCAACAUCGAAGAAGCAGCUCUGCGCAAAGCGGCCGAGACGUGUGAAAUCGUGCUGGAGCACGAGAAGGAAUGGAAGCUCGGCAAGUGCAUCCUGAGAUUUCCCGAGAUCCUGCAGAAGAUCCUGGAUGACCUGCUGCUGCACACGCUGUGCGACUACCUCUAUGAGCUGGCCACCACCUUCACCGAGUUCUACGACAGCUGCUACUGCGUGGAGAAGGAUCGGCAGACAGGAGAGGUGGUGAAAGUGAACAUGUGGAGGAUGCUCCUGUGUGAGGCCACAGCUGCUGUCAUGGCCAAAGGCUUUGACAUAUUGGGCCUCACUCCAGUCCAGAGGAUGUGACCUAAUGGAUGCCUCGACCACGUGACUCUCCCAGCCAAUUAUUAACAUCCCAUUGAAUUUGUACUGUAAACCAAAUAAAAUCCAAACGGCUUUAAUGUG